AAUUAAUGCCACAAGCCACAAACAAGAAACUCUUAUUAUCUCUUAUUAUAAAAUGAGAACCCUUUCUCUUUAUUCAAACAUCUCUUACUAAUAAUUCAAACUUAACAUACACCACCAUGGCAAUGGCGAAAUCCAAAACCCUCUUCUCUAUCUUCUUCAUUCCCCUCUUAUUCUCCACCCUUGUCACCGCCAAAGACCCUCGUUUCGAUCGAAGCCUGUCUCCAAAAUCACUGGGCCUCCGCAAGGAGAAGCUUAGCCACCUCCACUUUUACUUCCACGACAUUCUCAGCGGCCAAAACCCCACCGCUGUUAGGGUGGCCCAAGCUACAAUGACGGCUACGUCCCCCACGUUCUUCGGAGCCGUAAUGAUGGCCGAUGACCCCUUAACCGUUGGGCCUGAGCCCGACUCGAAGCUCAUAGGAAAAGCCCAGGGGAUUUAUGCGUCUGCGUCACAAAAGGAUCUGGGGCUAUUGAUGGUGAUGAACUUUGCAUUCAUGGAAGGGAAGUACAAUGGGAGCACAGUGAGCUUGUUGGGGCGGAAUGCGGUGUUUUCCGGCGUGAGGGAGAUGUCGAUCGUGGGAGGGAGUGGGGUUUUCCGAUUUGCACGUGGAUACGCUCAGGCCAAGACUUUCUGGCUUAACACCACCUCCGGCGAUGCUAUUGUCGAAUAUAAUGUCUAUGUUUUGCAUUAUUAAAUAAAUAACUUCACGGCAAUGAACUAGAAUUCAAAUGACAUGUUUUUUCCGCACUCAUCUAGUGUUUCAUGGAAUAAGAGAGUUGUGAAGGGAAAGGAGAAAAAGAAGAUUUGACGUAGAAGAUGAUUAUUUGUAAAAGGUGGUUAGAAUGGCUACGCUUCCAAUAAUGUGGCUAUAAGUAAGAUGUGACUGCUGAACAUGCUAAUUAUUAAUAA